AUGUCAGUAACAUCGAAGGACAUGAAGUGGAGUCGGCAAGCACUACGCCCGGCGGGUCUUCACGUCCAUCCCAAACCUGUGGCUGCAGAAGACUUCACUGUCUUUGUGGACGGCGUGCCGUACGACUGGUCCAUCGAGCGGGUCACCGAGUUCUUCUCAAAGUGUGGCCCUGUGCGGGAGGUCCGCGCGCCCACCUGGCAGGACUCGGGGCGCCUGCGCGGCUACGCGCAUGUGGCCUUUGAGGGAGCUGCUGGGAAGGAGAAAGCCUUGAAGCUGGAUAAGGCCAAGGUCGGAAAGAAGGGGCGCUACCUGAAGAUCGAACCGGCCAAGAAGCCCAACGAAGGCAAAGCGGCAGCCGGAGACAUCGAAGGGAAGCGACGUUUGUUUGUGAAGAACCUUCCCUAUGAUGCUGCUGAAGAUGAUAUUGCCAAGCUGUUCUCCAAGUGCGGAAAGGUGCUGGAGAUUCGCAUCCCCCACACCUCUGGGAGGAGCAAGGGCUUCGCCUACGUGGAGUUCGCAAAGGCUCAGGGCCUACGAACGGCGAUGGAACUGGAUCCAGCUCCCUCGCUCCAGGGUCGCAAGCUUUUACUGGAUGCUGAUGUGGGUUCUGGGCCCGCUGAACCUGGAGGGCUGAAUGUGGGCCUGGGAAUUGGAGAACGACACAGGAAUCUAGGAUCAUCAAAAGCUGCAUGCUUUGUCAUGGAAAUUGCUAGCUGCUAAUUCUAUGCGUCUCGGGCUUCUAAUUCCCACAGAUCACGGUUCCCAAAGGCAAAAGGGCCUGAGAAGCCAUAGAUUUGUCAAUCUCAACGUCCUUCAUUCAUG